ACGACUUGAGGCCGAGGAGAGGAGCCUAUGCGUUGUUCAACAGACUGGCGCGUCCCCGAUUGCAUCAAGAGCAUCAGUCCUGCCAUCGAUCGAUUAUUGCCCCAUUGUUUAUUCUCGCUUUGUCGAGGAUUGGACCGAGCUUUCUCCCGAAUCGCCUCUCUUUCCAGGCCUCAAUUUUCUUCGUCUAGUUACUGCGCGUCCGCGUGAUCGGACCCGCUCUGCUCUUUCUUCAUAAUUGUCGUACGCUUUCGCUUUCUCUUCUCUCUUUCGUUCAUGAGAUCUGUUGCUACCGCUUCCACCGCUCGGAACGAAGGAGUGCCUCAGGCAAUUGAGAUGAUAGAGUAUCACCUCUCGAUUGAUGGUUCUUGAGCGGCCGUUUCCUUCAGGAGGGAGGAGGAAGGAAGGGAGCUGAAUUGGAGGAAAGUGGGAGGGGUUUCUUCAUUAUGGUCAUGAGAAAUAGGCUGUAAAGAUUUGCAGGACGGGGCUUGUGCUGUGGGUUGGCGUAAUUUUUUAAAUUUCUAUGGGCGACCUGCUAGCUGGAGAAGUGAUGGAAGGGGAGCUUGGGUUUACGGAUAUGGAUCUAGGAUUGAAAAGGUUGCUGGUUACAGCUGCAUCGGUGCCAGCAUGGGAGUACGGUGUGUUGCUGUCGGUAAUUGGGCUGAUUUGGCUCUACAAUAUUCUGGAGUUUCACUUCAUUGGAGAUGCUUUGAAUGGAUGGAGAGGCGAUGUUGUCCACCUGAUUCACAGCCCCAGGUCGAAUGUCGUAUGUCAGUUGCUCUCCAAGUGCGAAACUUUGAACAAGCGAUACUGUCCAACACCUUGGCUAGCCAGCCCACAUCUGCAAACGCUUUUUCUACACUUUUUUGGAAGAUCCCCAAGAAUUAAUUAUGAAAGGGAAAUGUAUAUUACUCCAGACGGCGGAACUAUCGCUCUGGACUGGGUCCACCCAUCUUCAGGACCUAAGGAUGGAAAUGGUGAGGACACGCGUCAGGGUUCAACCUCCGAUGAAACUCCCACUGUAGUUAUCGUUCCAGGUCUUACAAGUGACUCCAGUAAUCACUAUGUCAAGCACCUUGCGGGAAGUCUCUCUGAUAAGGGAUGGCGAGUUUUGGUCAUCAACCACAGGGGUCUUGGUGGAGUCUCUAUUACUUCGGACUAUUUCUACAAUGCAGGAUGGACCGAAGAUUUGCGAAGAAUCAUUCCCAAUGUACAGAAAAAGUAUCCAAAGUCUCCUCUUAUAGCAGUCGGAACGAGUAUCGGUGCCAAUAUUCUGAUAAAGUACUUGGGAGAGGAAAAGACCAAGACGCCUAUAGGUGGUGCAGUAGCAAUUUGCUGCCCUUGGGACCUUGUGUUGUGUGACAGAUUCAUAUCAAGAAAGUGGGUACAAGCUCUUUACAACAAAGCUUUAACAACUGGUCUUUGUGAAUAUGCCCAAUUACAUCAAACUGCUCUUGCACGGAUGAUGGACUGGAAUCUUCUUAGCUCGUCAAGGACUGUAAGAGAUUUUGACAACCACUGCACUCGACAUGUGGGGAAGUACGAGACCGUAGAUACAUACUAUCGCCGAUGCGGAAGUUCUCAGUAUCUGGAAGGUGUUGCGGUUCCACUUUUAUGUGUUAGCGCUGAAGACGAUCCUAUCUGCACCAAAGAAGCCAUUCCUUAUGAUGAAUGCAGAGUGAACCCAAACAUAAUUCUUGCUGUGACGAAACAUGGUGGUCACCUUGGGUAUUUUGACGGUUUUGGUGCGAAGUCUAUCUGGUAUGUGCGCGCCGCAACUGAGUUUUCAAAAGUCCUUCUUUCAAGUUCACUCAUGCAUCAGCAAAAUAAAGGUAUCGAUCCCGCCAGUACAAAGGUGGGCUCGGACAUCGACCAAGGGCCUUUCUUAUCAUUGGGUGAUGACCUUACAGUGGCGGCCCAGAAUUCUGGAAUAUCAGCGGAGGAGUUGAUUGCUGCCAUGGAAGGGCGAGCAGAGACGUCAGAGUUGAGGCCAGAACCAUCACCGAAAGAGAUCGGUCCACUGAUUCGUGAAGAAUCUGACUUGGCACAGGACAAAUCCGGUCUUGUUGCAGAUAGUGGGAACUAUGUCAUUGUCAAUGAUGAUUUUGGGGGUCCUAUUUACAAAUCUGCGGAGAUAAACAAUGAGAAGGGGGAUGCUUUAACAAAGACUGAAAGUUCAGAGGAGAACCAGUCAACGGGCCAAACAACGGUCAAGUUACAGAUCCGAAGUUUCUCUGAGCUCAUUGCCCUGCAAUCUGUACUAUCACAACUUCUUCUACAGCUACGACAACAAUCCUCCACAAUCGAAGGGAAAGUAGGGCAUCUCAGUGAGAGCAGAACUCUAUCAAUUUCUUCUAGUAGGCCGUGUUUGACACCUGGCUACGGGGACACUCCAAGGGAGGUUCUUAACAAGGACAGGUCUUCUGCGAAGCCAGUCAUUCAAAAUUACAGCAAGAAAACAGUAUUACGUGAAAGAGAUGCAAACGUGAAUAGUCAAGCCAACCCUGCGAAGAAAGAGUUGUUGAGCCCGUCAUCCCAGAACAGACGAACCAUAUGGCUCCUUGCAUACAUCGCGCUUAUCACAACAGUGCCAUUUUUGGGAUCUGCGUUGAUGGUGAGAACUCGUGGAAGAAUCGUCCAAGUGUUGUCUCGGCAGUGGGGUAAGAUGGUGAAAGCUUAAGUGUUGUGGUCGAGUAGAAUAAUUUAAUUGCUCUGUCAAGGAUAGACAUACCCUGUAAUUGUAGCACUAGUGACAGAGUAUGAUAGUUCAGAUUGAAACUGUUAUAUUGGAAGGAUCGCCCGUGGAAGCUCUGUAACCUCCAUUCGAGGUAGACAUGAGCAAUCUGGCCCUUAAUGGGAGGCUGUAAUUAAGAUGGAUUAUUAGCUCUUGCAAGCAGAGAACAUUGGGGAGAGACUCUUAAGUGUCGCUUAUGAAGAUCAAAGACAUGCCUUUUUUCGAGGAGGUGGAGUCCGAACACGAGCGCGGCUGUUAUUACAAAACCACAUGUCAACUUUUGUGCGUCGAAGUGCUCGUUUUCCAACAAAUGACUCCUUCCAUACUUCAUUCUGAGGAGUCUGCGCGUAGUGUGAAGUGUGAAAGCUGUUACCGAACAUUCGUGAAGGUGCGGCGGGGUAUUAAACUUCUCAAAGCUUCUGGGCAAACUUGCGCAUCUCUGCAGACUUAAUAGAAGAGAAGAUCCACCGGCUGUAGCCAAAAUGAGUGCACUGAAUUUGUUGAAUAGAAGAAGUUCGGAUUCAGUCGGAAGAGCAUUCCGAAAUUGUAUGUAGUAGGAGUUUAGGUGUCAACGAAAUUUGUAAAGGAGGAUAAUUCUCCUUCCAGGUACAACUUUGCCGAAGC